CCGGGGGACAGGCGGCCUCCGCGCUUCUGGUAUCCUGGUAUCUUGCGAGUUGAGUGCUCCUACUCCGCGCUGGAGUCGCUGUGCCGCCGCCGGGAUCAUGGUGUUCUACUUUACCAGCAGCAGCGUUAACUCAUCUGCUUACACUAUUUACAUGGGAAAGGAUAAAUAUGAAAACGAAGAUCUAAUAAAGUAUGGCUGGCCUGAAGAUAUUUGGUUUCACGUGGACAAACUCUCUUCGGCUCAUGUAUACCUUCGAUUACAUAAGGGGGAAAAGAUAGAAGACAUCCCAAAGGAAGUCUUGAUGGACUGUGCCCAUCUCGUGAAGGCCAACAGCAUUCAAGGCUGCAAGAUGAACAAUGUGAAUGUGGUGUAUACACCGUGGUCUAACCUGAAGAAAACAGCUGACAUGGAUGUGGGACAGAUAGGCUUUCACAGGCAGAAGGAUGUGAAAAUUGUGACAGUGGAGAAGAAAGUGAAUGAGAUCCUGAACCGAUUAGAAAAGACCAGAAUGGAGCGGUUUCCAGAUCUAGCGGCAGAGAAGGAAUGCAGAGACCGAGAAGAGAGGAAUGAGAAAAAAGCCCAAAUUCAGGAAAUGAAAAGGAGAGAGAAGGAAGAGAUGAAGAAGAAGCGAGAAAUGGACGAACUUAGGAGCUAUUCGUCGCUAAUGAAAGUUGAGAAUAUGUCUUCAAAUCAGGACGGCAAUGAUUCAGAUGAAUUCAUGUAAAUGGAGGAAAGGAACUUUUAAAGAUGUGAAUUUAGGGACAGUUGCAGACGUUUUGAUUUCAUCUGUGUUCUGAGUUAUAAAAAAAUGAGUAAAAUUCUACCUUCAUUCUACACAAAUAUUACCAACUUCAGAGUUUAAAAAAAAAAGUGUUUCCUUUUUUGCCAACAGAAAAGGAUCAGAUAUUUAUAAUAUAUUUGGACUUGAAAAUAGCAUAUAACUUUAGGAAAGUGAAAAUAUUUUUGCCGGAACAUGUCUUAGUACCUCAUGAAAGUUGGCUGCCCUUGUUCCUGGGAUAGACUUUAGAAUGAACCAGCUCUGAAAAGUAUUUGUUACUGUGCUCUGUCCCUGAAAACAGAUGUCUUGAAAAGCUUUUCAUGUUCUUAAAAUAGCUUCACUUCUGUUAAGAAGAAUGUAUUAGUGAGCAGUAUAUGCGAAUGUUCCCCUCAGCCUUGAUUUCCUGACUAGAAAAAAAAGCUUAUGGGUUUUGAUGGUGGUGGUGAUAUUUUCAGAAGGUUGCUGGCUUCAGUAUUCCCGUUCCAUUGUGUCACCUGAGUCUCUUAGCGGAGUUGUCCUCAGCUCCCAGCUUGUCCUAACUUCUCCCUUCUGCAUCCUUUCUCUGAGUGAGGGCCUCCCCCCCAGGUACCAUCGUACUUAGAGAAGUAGUCAGUGUUCAUCAAGGUUGGGCGUGUGGCAGUGUUUACCUGAACGCCACGUAACCCAAGCCACGUGCCUGACGACUUCCAGGCUCCGGAGCCAUUUCUCAGCACUGAGGGGAGAAACCGGAAGGCAUGCUCUGCGUCCUUUUGAAGAUGUAGGUUACCUGAUUUUUGUCGUGGGAUGCAGCCUAAAACAAAAAGUCCAUGUUGCGGUUAUGAUUUUAGGAAAAAAAAUUAAGCAUUUCAUGAGCCAGCCAAGUAAUUUGUUUACCUUGAAAUAAUAUUUAUUUUGAUUUGUAACCCCAGAGUUCAGAUUUCUCAAUUGUAGACCCAGUAACUUAAUAUGUAACAAGACUGCUCAUCUGAACCACCUCCUCUCCAGUGUGAUUCCAAAUAGAAGGCCUAUUUUUAUUGCAGUCCCUAUAGGAAGAGACAAAACAAAACCAUGAAAGGGGAAGAGAAUAAAGCCUGCAGGUCAGGAGGCAUGCAGAUUCACAUUUUAACCACACCCAGAGCUCUACACGCAACUUCUUUUAUUCUUCACUGUAUUCUAACCCAGCAAAAAUUAUCUCCUCCAACAAAUACUCUACCUAUAAUAGCACUUUGGAACUAUGGGUAAAACCAAAAGACUUCAGUGUUUCUAUUUAUCCCAAAUUGGUGUGUGGAGUUGGAAACUGGAAAAUUUCUCUGAGGCAUAGCUCAGCCAGAUUUUUGAGAGGGGGUAUGGGAAAUGACUCCAGAAAUUAAUGAUCGUGUGUGUGUGUGUGUGUGUGUGUGUGUGUGUGUGUAAUAAUAUUCACCCUGGGGUUCUGUGAUUUUAAAAAUGUAAUAAUAAAGAAUCAUUUUUUAUUUGGAAGGACAUUGAUACAUGAAUUCUUAGAAUCUGCUCAUUAUCCCCAUCCCCAAGCUGGUUUGGGGGAUGAUCUGGCUCUAAAAAAAAAUACCCUCAUCCAUCUGAGACUCAACAUGGCAGGUUCUAGAGGGGUAUCUUCUUCCUCCCCCACUGUCACAUGCAUCUCGCACCCACACCAGAUGCCCGCUGGGCCAAAGUGCAUGACCUUCCCCAAACCCUCUCUGGAUUGAGUGUGAGCUGAUAGCGGUACCUCUUCAGUGAGCUGGCCGCCCUGCCCGGUACGGAGGCACGUCUUUCAUGCUGCGGCAAACACCGAAAACGGGGACAUCUUGCCUCUAGCCCCACCUGUGUCACCUCACCCUGCCACCACUUCCGAAGGACUCCUCUGUACCCCACGUCACAACGGGUGUAGGUAGGACUUUUGAAGCAGACCUGUAUUUUGAGUGCAGUGUGAGAGAUCCUGGGGUCCGAAUUUUAAACACGUCCUAAUUCUCCCCACACUGGUUUACAACGUCAAGGCCUCUCUGAAUUCUCCAAGUUGGAUUCCUAGCUCCCUGCCUGUGUGUGUUGGGCAGUCUUUUCCCCAGCACCCAGGAUCCCAGGAAAAAACAACAACAACAAGGACAUUUUCUCUUGAGGACACUGGUUCAGUGACAACAGGUCAAAAUUCUGGCACUGGAGCCAUCUCAUUUCUUGCUAUUGGCGUGUUUCCUAAACUUCCUAUAGGAAAAUUCCCAAUCGUUACUUUUAUGAGCUGUGCCCUUGAUCAAAUCCGUGCCUCCUGAGGGCUUCUCUUAUUAACUGUCUCAUUUCCCCACUCACCUGCCUGUGGGUGAGGUUCACAUUAUUGAAUUUACUUCACAAACUGCUCUUACUCUUACAGCUAAAGAAUUUGUUUCUUAUCCACCUUUGUUGACCUGGGCUCACGAUCUUCUGGCAAGGGAGCUCUGUCACAGUUCCUGUGCAGGAACACGUAUUUGGAAACUUCCCAAAGCACGGAAGGCUUUGACAUUAGCAGAAUAGGCAAUAAGCGUUAGCUGAGCCCCAUCGGUAGCUCACGUUUAUUUUGUUGUAUUGUUUAUGACUCUGUCUCGAAGCACGGGUUUGGUGAGCCUUUUAACUGUUCAGUGCCAAGGUUUCCCCACUCAGGAAGGAAGGCGUCAGGAGUACGCAGAGGAGUGGAGAGAAUUUAGCCCUAGCCUCCAGCUCGGAGCCAGUGCUCUCCCUCCAUGUUUGCAUCUGAGAGGGGAAACCCUUGUUCUCAUAGAACAGGUUAUGGCGAAAACUGCACAGGGUAGGGAAAUAGAACACUUCUCCAGUUCUUCCUAAGCUGUGAUGCCCAAGCCUGCUAUUUCUGUGUUUGGUUGGAAGUGUAGCCUGGUGAAUAACAAAUCCCAUACUCAACAUGAGUACAGUAAAGUCAGUGGGCAACCUUCUGAUGUUAAAGUAGACUAUGAAACAGUCUGUAACUUAAUAAAAUCAGAAGUGUAAAAUGAGAAGCUUAAAUUCCAAGCUGUCAGCCUUGACCCGUGUAACUCCAGCGAGUGUGACAGCUCAGAGAUGAGGAAGCCACUGCCAGUGCCCAGGCAGACUCACAUUCGAGUUUCACUCCGUGACAGCUCUCUGCUCGGCACACGUGGGCCCGGCACGGGGCAAGAGACUUUAUGUGCGCUGUAUCAUUUCACGAACGAGAAGAUGCCAGCUGCAUAGUCAUCAUGUCCCAGAUGAAUGAUAUGUAAAAUUCAAUAAAAGCUUAUAGUUUGAGUAGAA